GACCAUGUCAAAAAAAUUCCUUUUGACACGCUCACAUUCUUUUGCAUUAGACAACUCACUCCACCAUCCAUUACCCAAAAACUUCAACUUAAAAGUGUAUAAACUUAAAAUAACACAGAAAAUCAAUCCAAAAAUUCCUGUAUCUUUAUAUUUUCAGAUGCAUUUCUCUGUUCUUCAAGCUAACCCCAGAAAAUAUGAUGGAGAAACAUAGAAGUUUUUCAUGGAAAUCCACUAAAUUUUUGGUUUUUUCUGUAACUCUAUCUUUCUCUUUAGUGUUCUUAUCAUUUUUCUCUUUCUGGGUUUUAAGAACCUCCCCUUUCAUUCACCAAGAAUCUUAUGUGCUAUUCAAUACACCCACUAUAAAUUCAAAUCUUAAUUCACUCAAUAUUCAAUCUUUAACUGAUUCAUCUGAUUUUUUGAACAAUUCCCAGUUCAAAGAACAUCAAAUUGUAUCUGGGUUUGUUCAUAAUACUUCAAUUGAAGUGAAUGCUAGUAAUAAAGAUGAAGUUGGUAGGAAGAAGUUAACUGGAUUAAGUCCAAAUUUCUCAGUUAAUGGAGUAAAAGUUGUGAACUUGGGUAAGACCCAUUUGAGGGAACCUCAAAAUUCAUCUGGGUUUGUGAAAUCUUUUAAUUUGAAGGAAGAAAGUGGUGAAGUUAGUAGUAAUAACGAGAUUAAAAAGGAAAAAAGGGCAAAAAAAUUGAGUUUAGAUGGUAAGUUUGUGGAGAAUGAAGAGAAUAUGAGUAAAGAUUGUGAUAUUUCCAAAGGGAGGUGGGUGUUUGAUGAAAGCUACCCAUUGUACACAAAUUUCUCAUGCCCUUUCAUUGAUGAAGGGUUUGAUUGUCAAGGAAAUGGAAGGUUGGACAAAGAUUACAUGAAGUGGAGAUGGCAACCUCAAGAUUGUGACCUUCCAAGGUUCAAUGCGACAAAUAUGCUGAAAUUGAUUAGAGGAAAGAGGCUAGUCUUUGCUGGUGAUUCAAUCAACAGGAAUCAAUGGGAAUCCAUGCUUUGUUUACUCAUGGGAGCUGUCAAAGAUCCUAGUAAGGUCUAUGAGACACGAGGCCGGAGAAUCACAAAGACUAAGGGGGCAUAUAGUUUUAGAUUUGUGGAUUAUCAGUGUACAGUUGAAUUCUAUGUGACACAUUUCUUAGUCCGAGAAAGCAAGGCAAGGAUAGGGAAGAAGCGUAAAGAAACACUGCGAAUCGAUAGCAUUGCUAAAGAUUCGGCAAAAUGGAGAGGAGCUGAUAUCUUGAUUUUUAACACCGGGAAUUGGUGGACUCAUUUCAAAACCAAAGCAGGGAUUAACUAUUACCAAGAAGGCAAAGAAGUUUAUUCCCAUCUUGAUGCUUUAACAGCGUACCGAAAAGCUCUAGUGACUUGGGGUAUGUGGGUUGAUAAACAUAUAAAUCCGCUCAAAACCCACGUUUUCUUUCGAAGUACAGCACCAGCACAUUUCAGUGGGGGGCAAUGGAAUACUGGUGGACAUUGUAGAGAAGCGCGAACUCCCCUGAACGAAAUGUAUGUAGACAAUCCAGAGAGGGAUCUUAUUGCUCAGGAGGUCAUCAACUCGAUGAAAACCGCAGUUACUUUUGUGAAUGUUACUGGAUUGUCGUCAUAUCGGAUAGAUGGUCAUCCCUCGAAGUAUGGGAGAAACCCGGGAAAGAAGGGAUCUUCGGUGGAAGAUUGCAGUCAUUGGUGUCUUCCUGGGGUGCCAGAUGCUUGGAAUCAGCUGAUUUAUCAUCAGUUGCUGUUGAAACAAGAGAAGAAUGUGCAUACUAGCUUAUGAAUGCUUAUGUUAGGUUCAGUGUCACGUGAUUCGCUAGUCUCCUCGCAAAUUGCAAUACAAAAAAGACAGUAAUUGUCGGUUUUGAGCUAUUUCUUGGCAUCUUUAAAAGAAUCGCGUGAAUUCAAAAAGUGAAUCAGAUGCGAAAUUAUGUUGCAUUGGUUGGGCUUCCAUGCUACUCCAUUAUAUCUCUACAAAGCGGACAAGUGUAUCUUAGAAAUUUCAAAAAAUAGCUUUGGGGAGGAUGUUAGAGGGUUGCAAACUUGUAAUGGUGUUGUAAAUGAUAUUAUACACAUUCACUUAUUCUUUCAUUUUUUAUUUUACUUUUGAACUUUGUUUUAAG